AUGGUCAAGCGACGCGCGUCGGGGUCCGCGUCGGCGCCCGCGUCGGGUAUUGCCUCCCCACAGAAAAGCACGUCGCCCGUCAAACCCGAGUUCGAGGGCGUAUCUAUCCUCCGCGGUUUCGGGGGUUUGGGCGACGAGGCGACGGCGGUGGGUAGCCGAGGCGCGAGCGCCAGUGCAACGCCCGCCCCGCAGGAGAAACACAUGCGGACUCCAGUCCCCGUCCCCGGCAGUGGAGAUGGCGAAUGCUUUAGCUACGCCGACCUGCCGAUGAACAAGACUGGACCCAUAAACUGUGCGCCGGUACAUAUUUCGUGGCUCGACCGCUCGGCGUUCCUCCGCCUUUCGAAUGACGCCACUACCGUUACGACGGACAAGGGCUAUCGAUCUGGCCGGGCCAACGUCUCUGUUCGCCAAGGGACGUGGUACUUUGAAACGGUAAUCGAACGGGGCGACGGCUCUAGCGGUGCUGGAAAGGGCACUGGAGGCGACGGCGGAAACGCCCACGUCCGAGUUGGCUGGGCUCGGCGCGAGGCCAACCUCGACGCACCCGUUGGUGCCGAUGCGUAUUCGUAUGGAAUCCGCGAUGUCGACGGGGAAAAGGUACAUAUUUCCCGACCAAAAGCGUAUGGACGCGGCUUUGCAACCGGCGACGUUGUCGGGUGUAUGAUCACCCUUCCAACACGACCUGUUGUCGACAACCCAGACGAGCCGGGUUUCGUCAAGCGAUGGCGGAUCCCACUGCGAUACAAGGGCAACAGUUAUUUCGAGAUGGACGAGUAUCCGGUCGCCAAGGAGAUGGAGGCGCUCGUCAAUCGCGCCGGCACCGCUCCCCCGCCAGUGGAGGAACACGAACCCAAGAAGAAGGUGAUGAAGGGCGGCGACAAGCCCGUAACCAAGAACAAGACGGAAAAAGUAAAGGACAAGCCACCCAAGCGCCAACUCCGAACCCUCGAGGGAAGUAGUGUCCGAUUCUUCCUAAAUGGCGAGGACAUGUCGGAAUCCCCAGCCUUCGAGGACUUGUACGAUUUCCUGCCCCUCCCGCCAAACGAGGAACAUCGGUAUGUCGGCCCCCGAAGGGGACCGAUAAGCGUCGAGCGUGAACGCGAGAGUUACCAGUACCACGAUGACGGGACGUUGGGAUACUUUCCCAUGGUAUCGUGUUUUGGGCGAGGUAAGGCGCGCGUCAACUUCGGUCCCGAGUGGAUUAAGCCUCCGCCAGUCCAAGUGCGGGCACUCGCGGAACGGUGGGAUGAGUUUCGGGCUGAGGAGGUGGUCCAUGAUGAGCGCGAGGAGGAGAGAUUAGCCCAACGGUAUAAGGAUAUGCUGGCUGAGGCUGCGCGGCCUAGAGAGCCGAAACGAGCCGCCAAGAAGCGGCGGAAGACACCACAUGAUGGCGAGACGCCCAGUUCGACGCCGCGCAUGACUCCGGGAGUUACACCUGCGCCGUCGAGUCCCAAGAUUGCCAGUUCGCCACACGCUCCUUCGAGUCCGCAUAGCGAGCGCGCUCGCAGCGAGGGCGUCGAGCAGCUGGGUGCCAGCUUGGGUCUCGAGCAACAAGCCGCGCGGCCUAGCGUCGGCCUCGAUCAAAGACCUCCAGACCCGCUGGAACAUUGCGGCCAUACCGAGAUCGCGCAGCCUCCAGAGGUCAAGCAUGAGCCAGGAGACGACCCGUACGAGGGCGUGUCCUGGGCAUAG